ACAGGUCAACGCCACUUCGACUGCAGAACAGGUCGCCAUGCCGUCCAUCGUAGAUCUGAUCAGGAAGAAGAGGGACGGAGGUCAGCUGACCGAUGAGGAGAUCAAAUUCUUCAUCGAGUCUGUAACAACCAGACGGAUGCAGGACUGCCAGAUCGGGGCCAUGCUGAUGGCGAUCUGGCAGCGAGGGAUGGUGGCCGCGGAGAUUCGCACGCUGACCCGGGGGAUGAUGGCAUCUGGGGAGGUGAUGAGGUGGCCGGACGACUGGAAGAGGCUGAUGGUGGACAAACACUCGACGGGAGGCGUGGGGGACAAAGUGAGCCUGGUGCUGGCGCCGGCGCUGGCGGCUUGUGGCUGUAAGGGUAGGCAACAGGUGGGGGAGGGGAAGCACUGA